GCAGAUUUCAUCUCCAACUUGCCUUAUCACAUCGGCAAGGAUGUUUCUAGAAAGCCUAAGUGUACAAACCCGCAGAAAGCAGAGUAUUAUGAAGAUGGCGUUUAUUAAAGAGGAGAGUGAAGAUGUGGACAUUGAAGAAGCUUUCAGAGUCAAGCAUGAAGAUCCUGAGGAACAGACAGACCUGAUGCCACUCAAGGAGGAGAGUCAAGAUCCGAAUAAAAGAGAACAGAAGGAUCAGAAUGAGGAAAUAAGUGGAGUAAAAUCAGAACAGACAAAAACUGCUUCAGAAAGACCAGCCUGCAAGACCGAACCUAAUACCUGCCAUCAGUGUGGAAAGAGUUUCACUCGGAAGCAAUCCUUUACAAAACACAUGAGAAUUCACACUGGAGAAAGACCUUACACUUGCCAACAGUGUGGAAAGAGUUUCACACAAAAACAUGUACUUACAGAACAUAUGAAGAUUCACACUGGAGAAAGGCCUCACACUUGCCAACAAUGUGGAAAGAGUUUCACUCAGAAACAUAUACUUACAGAACAUAUGAGGGUUCACACUGGAGAAAAGCCUUACACUUGCAAACAGUGUGGAAAGGGUUUCACUCAGAAGCACAUGCUUACAGAACAUAUGAGGAUUCACACUGGAGAAAAGCCUUACACCUGCAAUCAUUGUGAAAAGGGUUUCACUUGUAAACGAAACCUUACAGAACAUAUGAGGGUUCACACAGGAGAAAGGCCUUACCCUUGCCAACAGUGUGGAAAGAGUUUCACCCAGAAACAUAAACUUACAGAUCAUUUGAGGGUUCAUACUGGAGAAAAGCCCUUCACUUGCCAACAGUGUGAAAUGAGUUUCACUUGUAAACGAUACCUUACAGAACAUAUGAAGGUUCACACUGGAGAAAGGCCUUACACUUGCCAUCUGUGUGGAAAGAGUUUCACCUGGAAACGAUACCAUACAGAACACAUGAAGAUUCACUCUGGAGAAAAGCCUUACACGUGUCAACAGUGUGGAAAGAGUUUCAUUUGUAAACAAAAACUUCUAAAUCACAUGAUGGUUCACACUGAAGAAAAGCCUAACGCUUGCGAUCAGUGCGGAAAGAGUUUUACCCUGAAACAUAUACUUAUAGAACAUAUGAGGGUUCAUACUGGAGAAAAGCCUUUCACUUGCCAACAGUGUGGAAAGAGUUUCAUUUGUAAACGAUACCGCACAGAACAUAUGAAGGUUCACUCUGGAGAAAAGCCUUACACUUGCCAACUCUGUGGAAAGAGUUUCACCUGGAAACGAUACCAUACAGAACAUAUGAGGAUUCACACUGGAGAAAAGCCUUACACUUGUCAGCAGUGUGGAAAAAGUUUCAUUUGUAAACAAAAUCUUGUAAAACACAUGAAGGUUCACUCUGGGGAAAAGCCUCACACUUGCGAUCAGUGUGGAAAGAGUUUCACUUGUAAACAAAACCUUCAAAACCACAUGACGUUUCACACUGGUGGAAAUCUUUACACUUGUCAGCACUGUGGAAAGAGUUUCACUCGAGAACAAAGGCUUACAGAGCAUACUAGGAUUCACACUGGAGAAAAACCUUACACUUGCCAACAGUGCGGAAAGAGUUUCACUGGUGAACAAAACCUUAAAAACCACAUGAAGAUUCACACUGGAGAAAAGAUGUACACUUGCAAACAGUGUGGAAAAAGUUUCACUUGGAAACAAAACCUUACGGAGCAUAUGAAGAUUCACACUGGAGAAAAGCCGUACACUUGCCAAGAGUGUGGAAAGAGUUUCUUUUGGAAACAAACUCUUAUAGAGCAUACAAGGAUUCACACCGGGGAAAAGCCUAACACCUGCUGUCAAUGUGGAAAGAGUUUUACUUGGAAACAAAACCUUAUUGAUCAUAUGAGGAUUCACACUGGAGAAAAGCCUCACAGUUGCCAACAGUGUGGAAAGAGUUUCGUUUGUACCCAAAGUCUUAAAAGGCAUAUGAGAGUUCACACUGGAGAAAAGCCUCACACCUGCCAUCAAUGUGGUAAAAGUUUCUCUUGGAAAAAAAACCUCACCGAGCAUAUGAGGAUUCAUGCUGUUGAGAAGCCUAAUGUCUGUUACCCGAUGCCAUUCAAAGAGGAGAGUCUAGAUCAGAAUGAAGUAGAAGAGAAGGAUCUUUAUGAAGGAUGUCGUGACUUGAAUCGGAACAGUCGAACACCCCCUCCUCAUGGAAAAAGAGCCCAGAAAGCUAAACCCUACACCUGCCAUCUCUGCGGGAAAAGUUUCACGCGGAAAAAGAUCGUUACAGACCACAUGAGGCUUCACACUGGAGAACGGUUUUACGAUUGUCAACAUUGCGAAAAGAGUUUCGCUUGGGAACAAAACUUUAGGCACCACAUGAGGAUUCACACUGGACGAAAACCUUACGUCUGCCAACAGUGUGGAAAGAGUUUCACUUGGAAACAAAACCUUAGAGAGCAUGUGAUGAUUCACACUGGAGAAAAGCCUCACAACUGCCAAGAGUGUGGAAAGAGUUUCAUAAAGAAAAAUAAACUUACAGAACACAUGAAGGUUCACACCGGAGAAAAGCCUUACACAUGUCAACACUGCGGAAAGAGCUUCUCCAUUAAGGGGAACCAUAGAAGACAUGAGUUAUACCUGAUGCAACUCAAAGAGGAGAGUCAAGAUCAGGAUGAGAUUGAAGAGGAGGAUGAAUAUGAGGAAAUAUCUGAAGAAGAACCAGAACAGAGAAGAACGUCUUCAGAAACAACAGCACAGAUGACCGAAUCUAAUACCUGCCAUCAGUGUGGAAAGAGUUUCACUAGGAAACAAUCCUUUACAAACCACAUGAGGAUUCACACUGAGGAAAAGCUUUACACAUGCCAACACUGUGGGAAGAGUUACACUCGGAAACAAACGUUUACAAACCACAUAAGAAAUCACACUGGAGAAAGGCCGUACACUUGUCAACACUGUGGAAAGAGUUUCAUAUGCAAACAAAACCUUAAAAACCACAUGAAGGUUCACACUGGAGUAAAGCCCUACACUUGCCUUGAGUGUGGAAAGAGUUUCACCCGGAGACAAAACCUUACGGAGCAUAUAAGGAUUCACACUGGGGAAAAGCUUCACGGUUGCCCUCAGUGUGGGAAGAGCUUCACUUGGAAAAAAACCCUUAUUGAGCAUAUGAAGAGAGUCAAACAUGAAGAUCCUGAGGAACAAACAGACCUGAUGCCACUCAAAAAGGAGAGUCAAGAUCAGAAUGAAAUUGAAGAGAAACACCAACAUAAGAAAAUACCUGAAGAACGAGAACAGAGGAAAACCUCUUCAGAAAGAACAGCCCAGAAGACCGAAUCUAACACCUGCCAUGAGUGUGGAAAGAGUUUCACUAGGAAACAAUCCUUUACAAAACACAUGAGAGUUCACACUGGAGCAAAACCCUACACUUGCAGUCAGUGUGGAAAGAGUUUCACUUGGAAACAAAACCUUACGAUGCAUAUGAUGAUUCACACUGGAGAAAAGCCCCACGCCUGCCUGUACUGUGAAAAGAGUUUCAUUAGUAAACAAAGCCUUACAAACCACAUGGAGGUUCACACUGGGGGAAAACCUCACACUUGCCAUCAGUGUGGAAAGAGUUUCACUUGGAAACAAUACCUUACACAGCACAUGAGGAUUCACACUGGAGAAAAGCCUCACAGUUGUCAGCAAUGUGGAAAAAGUUUCACUUGGACACAAUCUUAUAGAAAUCAUAUGAGAAAUCACACUAAAGAAAGGCCUUACGUUUGCCAACAGUGUGGGAAGAGUUUCAUUUGGAAACAAAACCUUAAAAACCACAUGAAUGCUCACACUGGAGAAAAGCUGUACAGCUGUCAAUACUGUGGCAAGAGUUUCACUUGGAAGCAAAGCCUUACAGACCAUUUGAAGAUCCACUCUGGAGUAAAGCCGCACAGUUGCCAUCAGUGUGGGAAGAGCUUCAUUUGGAAACAAAACCUUAUUGAGCAUAUGAAGGUUCACAGUCGAGAGUCUGCUAAGGGGACAGAGUUUCAGAUAUAAACCACUUUUUGAUUCCCACGUGAUGCUUCAUAAUAGACAAAAGCCUGAAAUUGGAAGGAGAAAGUAAAUCAGUGAUUAGUGUUGAGUUUCAUAUACAGGAAUCAUGUAGUAACUCACACCAGAGGAAAGUCCUAAAAUCGUUCACAUGUGAGCCCCAAACCCAGGCCUGGCUCCAGGGUGAUUGUCCCGUUUGAGCCAUAUUGGUCCUCAAUUUUGUUGUACUCAUAAGAGGGGUUUGAACCACACUUAGACCUGUUAACUAGGACCACUUUGGCUUGGGAGACAAUAGCAGAGGCGUUUAAUCCCAGACAACACCGCUUCUAACAUCAUUCAGGCACUAAAACCCCUACAACACGAUAAGGUGCCAUUUCAAGGAGAGGUAGCGCUGAAUUAAUCUACUGAUCUAGAGUUUUCUGUCAGAAAAAAGAGACGGGCAUACAUGGAGAAACUGCCACCUGUAGAAAACUCUCAGUAGACAAUUCCAGAAACAUUUGUAAUGUGUUAUGCAGCUUCAUGAAGACAUUGUGCAUCAUAGACGUCACAUGAUUAUUGAUUGUGUGGGCUCAGGACUACUGCGACAAACUUUUGUCAAAUCCACAGUUUGUAGUUACAUCUACACAUGCCAUUGAAAACUGUACCGUGCCAAAAGCAAGCCCUAUGUUAACAGUGAUUAAAAGCACCGUCGACUUCUCUGAGUUUUGGCCUCUGUCACUUGUGUGAUAUAUCGUUUAUUCAACAGUUUGACGGCAUAAUUGUGUAUUCAAAAAAAGAAAAUAAAACUAGAGUCUAUAAA